ACCCUAAAUCCAUGAGGAGAAGUUUCAACUUAUAUCCUUCCACAGCGUUUCCCCAACGUUCCCUUCCCGGUUCCCAGUUUUGCUAACGGUCUCGAAAUCAUUGGUCGACCUGAAUUGGCGCUCUCUAACGCGGUUAUAUUUUGUAUUUGUUUACGUACUCAAGUAUCGUUCAAUCAAAAAGUAAACAUUUAAAUACUAAUCAUAACGGUUGUUAUUGUCAAAUUUGACUUGACUGGACGUUUAUCACUGUCUAAACAACUUUCUUCAAGAUCCAACGUAGCGAUUACUGUAAAGAGGGAUGAUUGUGGUAUCUUUUCAGGAUAAUGAUCAGCCCAAAGACUGACACGCAUGAUAGAUCAAAUUCUGAAGAUGCAAAAACAGCUCCGAAUUUCCGCUGUUCUUCCUGCAAUAUAACCUUUGCGUGCGAUUUCCAAUUAAACGCACAUCUUUUGCACCACAUUAAACAACCCAAGGUUCAAUUGAACAGAGUUCUGGAGCCCAUAAAGAUCACCCUCAAGUGUAAAGACAAAGAGACAAGUAGUUUCGAGGUGGUGACUUCACCGAAAACGUAUAAUUUGAAUUCGCCCCCCUUUAAAAGUAUCCUGGCGGAAGACGACCGCGUUCAGACUGAUGAGCCAGAGACGGCUCAAGAAGAACCGAAAGAAGACGAAGAAAAAAUCAAAGUGGCUCCCAAAGUUGAAGCGGUAGUCGAAAACACCCGGGAAGAUGUUGAAGAAGGUGAUGAACCACACGAACCGGAUAUUAGAUUUACAACCAGUUUUACUGGAGACGAAGAUGAUGAGGAAGCCAAACCCGGGUCUAUUGAAUGCGAUGAAACGAAUCUUGAACCUAUAGAAUAUACUGAAGCGAAUAUGGAAUCUACAGAAGAGAACGGCGAUGACGACGUUGUUGAUGAUGUAAAUGAUGAUGACAUUAAUCGGGAUGAUAAUGCAACAAAUCUAAAUGAUAAUACAAUAAAUGAGAAUAAUGAAGAAAUUAAUCGUAAUGAUGAAAUUAAUCAUGAUGAUGAUAUGAAAAGUAGUGAAUAUGAUGAUGAAAAAGAAGAUGCAACUAGUGAUUAUGGAAGUGAAGCUACAUCUGGAGCCGAAGCAACACCUUUACCAGAAUCAUCUCCCGAUUAUCCUAAGAUACGAAUUAAAUCUGGGUUACUAAAAGAAACUGUUACUAUAACGGAAAUAACAGAUGAAGAGAAUUUAGAAGAAAAUGCUUCAAACAAAAAUCGAAAUAACAACGAAUCGCGUGCAACUAGAGAAAAAGGAUGGAACUCGCCUUCUAUUGAAGAUCCUUUAUCGAUUUCGGAAACAAACCACGCUUCAGAUGGUUCCCUCAUAUCAAGUUUAAUCAGCAAUAAUUACGAUCGAGCAAAAGAUCUAGGUUUUACCACUAGUGAUUCUGAAUUUAUAUCAAUUGAUAGAUUUGAAGAUAGGAACCGAGCAUUACAGGUCUUCAACACCUCAGGAGCUACAUCUUCGAAUUCCCAAAAUCCAUUAAACACAUUAGCGGGGCUACCAAUGCAGCAAUUAGCAGAACAAGUUUCAAGACUGCAACCUAACAACGCAGGGAUGCAUCAACAAAAUGUACUCAUCAACAUACAACAGUUUCAACAACCUCCGCAACCUCAACACCCAUAUCAGCCGCCACCGAUGUAUCCUCACCCUCCUGGAGUACCACCGCAACCAAUGUAUCAUCAUCCACAAUAUCCACAAUAUCAACCUCCAAAUCCAAUGUAUUACCCACCCGGUCCGGGGUAUCCACCUCAUAUGCCACCACCACCACGUUCACAAAUGCCUCAACAGAUACCCCAACAAAUGCCUCAACAACCGCCUCAACAAAUACCUCCCCCAUACCGACAACCUAACCCAAGACAACCUAUGCAAUCCAGACCACAACAAAUGCAGCAACAAGUUCGUGGGACGCAAUCGGUGAGGUCAAUGGGUCCAAGAGGACCAAUGGGACCACGCCUGCGAGCUCCAGUUCGUGGGGGUGGUAUUGGAUCAAGAGGCGGCGGGCCAUUUCGUCAGAUCAGACCAAGAAUGGCCGGACCAUCCACAAAUGGACCGCAACAGCAACAACACCAAACGAUACAGAAUCAAGGACCUAGAAUGCCGAAGAGAAGUCCCGAUCAGAUGACGGCUAUGCAACAGACAGCGGCGAAACGGAAAAGGAUAGACAUGUUGGUGCCGGAUAAACAUGAUGAUCCAGAUUGUGAGGUGAUUGCCGUUCAACCUAAAAAUACGGGGUUGCCGCAAAUUCAAAGUAUACAGGGAAACGCAUCAGAACCCAACGAUAGCAACGUGAUGCAUUUAUCAGAUUCCAUAACAUUAUCAGUGAGGAACCCGCCAGUGCGUCCUGCAAGUCCUAAGAAGUCAGACGCAAAAGCAGUGGCGAAUAUUUUAGCAACAAGAGGUAUUACGGUUACUGCGGCUCCAAAACCAAAGAAACCUGAAUCGCCAAUUAAUAAGAAACCCAUUUCCCCACCACCACCACCAGUUGCAAUUAAUCUUAACAGUUCUGUUAGUAUUCUACCAGCGCACAAACCACCCCAAAAACCGUCGUCAAAUUCAAAUUCAUCCGGAACAAAAUUACCUACCGUCGAUUUAACUGAUGAUACUUUACCAGAACCAAAUCCCCCUCCAUCUCCCCCACAACAUCAAAAACAAGUACAAAAGCAAAAUCCUCAAGCUCAAAAAGUGCUGCCUUUCCAAUGCGAUCUAUGUCCAGCAAAGUAUCCAAACUUGAUAAGUUUAAAUAAACACCGCCAAGGAUUCCAUAAAACAGCCGGUUUCCCCGAAUUUGGAAUUCCGUUAAUAGACUUAAGGCAGCCUGGAGUAAUGCAAAAAUUAACCAGCAUUGGGAUUUAUAAUUAUAUUCCGUUACCUGGAGCGGCAAACGAUUCAACGUUUGCGGUACCCGUUAUAUCCGGUAGUAAUAGGAACGUUGCUAAUAAUUUGGGCAACAUUGGUUUAAAUUCCGUUCUAAAUUUGGGCCCGAUAAGAACGUUUAUGAAGCCACAGCAACAAAAUAAUCAACAUCAUCCGCAUCAUCAGAAUCAUCAAAAACAUAACACGAAUCACGUUAAUCAUGCGAAAUAAAAAAAACUUUUUAAGAAUGCAAGUUGAAAACAGUAUUCUAUUAAAGAAUUUAAUGAUAAAGAAUAUAAGAACUAGGGAAACUUAUUCAAAAGUUUUUUCUACACUUAAAGAAUACCGUCUAUGUUGAACAAUUUUUUAAUGUUUAGUUUUUUUGAUCAUUAUUUUGAGUUGUAAGUACUUAAAGUCGAACUUUAAGUUAAAUGACUGAUUGCUUUUUGUUAUAUAAAAUAUACCUAAGUACUCUGUAGUUGCAUAAUUGUGCAAUUAAUGAUGUGAUUUUUAUAAAUUAAGAAAAAUUAAUAAGUGUGUUUCUAGAUUAUUAUAAUACAGUUUUAUGUAUUUUUGUACAAAUUUGUGAAUAAAUUAAAGAAUAAAUUUUGUUUUCUAAUA